CUGAGAUAGCCAUAAAUAAAUAACCUAAGUGAAGCAAAAACUAUGAGGCUUUACUACACCGGGAUUAGACCGAUGGAUUUAAUGGUCUCACUCUCAUCAAAACACAGAGUGGUGGUGGUCACCGCCUCAUCCGGCGGUGCCGCCACCUCGGAAUUUUCAACCUUAAAGAACACGAAAUCUUGGACGACACUUGGGAAUGCCGCCUCUUCCAAGUGUCUUGUGGCGGCGGACAGAGCCGCCAAGCUUUGCAGCAAGUGGAUGGAGUAUCAAGGGAUACGAGACUGGGAAGGGUUGCUGGAUCCCCUCGACGAUUAUCUCCGGAAGGAGAUUUUAAGGUACGGCGACUUUGUCGAAGCGGCGUACCGGAGCUUCGACUUCGACACGGCGUCGCCGACGUAUGCCACGUGCCGGUACGACGAGGAUGCCGUGAUGACCCGGUGCGGGCUGGGCGGGAGCGGGUACAAGGUGACAAGGAACUUGUACGGGACAUGUGCGGUGAACGUGCCACGUUGGACGAAUCUCGUGUCCCCGAAGUCCAGCUGGAUUGGGUACGUGGCAGUGUGUGAUGACGAGGACGAGAUUCGGCGGUUGGGCCGCCGCGACGUGGUGAUUGCCUACCGAGGCACCGCCACCCCGCCCGAGUGGCUCGAGAAUUUGCGUGCCACGUUGACGUGCCUGCCCGAUGACAUGGCUCCUCGAAACUGCGAACCCAUGGUCCAGCGUGGAUUCUUGAGUUUGUACACGUCAGCAUCCGACGCCCACCCAAGUUUAAAAGACUCCAUCCGCGACGAAAUAACCAAAAUCAUCGAAACCUACGGCGACGAGCCGCUGAGUAUAACGAUCACGGGGCACAGCCUCGGCGCCGCGCUAGCCACGAUAACGGCGUACGACAUUACCACUCAAUUCCGUCACGCGCCGUUAGUGACGGUGGUUUCAUUCGGCGGUCCGAGAGUCGGUAACAAGAACUUCCGGUCCCAACUGGAAAACAGUGGCACUAAGGUACUAAGAAUCGUAAACUCCGACGACCCAAUCACUAAAGUCCCAGGAUUCGUGGUGGAUUCUGAUGACGUGUCAGAUUGCGGGACCACCCAACCUAGUGGCAUGCUGAGCUGGCUCCAAAAGUGUGUGGACAGCCAAUGGGUGUAUGCUGAGGUGGGCAAAGAGCUCCGAGUCAGCAGCAAGGACUCAUCGUACAGCAAGGACGUCGCCACUUGUCACGAUCUCAAGACUUAUCUGCACUGUAUAGAUAAUUGGUCGAGCUGUAAAUGUCCAUUGAGAGCUACAGCUAAGAGAGUGAUAGAGAAAAAUCAUGGGAAAAGGAGGAGAGUGCUUGCAUAGCCACAAAUUAAAUUGUUACGGAUCGGAGCACGUGGUAGUGAUGAACAGACAUUCAAAAAACAUGUUCAAAUUAAAUAUAAUGUGCAGAAAUCGUUAAGAGGA